AUGAGCAAGGGAUCUGAGAAGGGUGACACGCCAGCGAUAGCCAUUGCUAAAAUGCGUGAAGAAAGCUGUGAUCCGACACUAUUUGGAGUUUAUGACGGGUAUAGGGAUAUCAUAGUGAUCAAGUAUGAUCCAGAGAGUGAGACUCUCGUUAACUUCACAAUAGAUGAGCUACGCACCAUUAGAAUGCCUCAGUACAGAAGUAUCCUUCUCAGGUAUGAAAACAUACCCAUCACUAAUGUCCACUUUGGAACUGUGGUACGAAAAUGCAGUGACCUAUCUCUUGAUGACUUGACGGCCUCUCCUGUUACUCCAGAGCUCUGCACGAAAAUAUUCAUUGAUCCAGAAACUAAAGCCCUUCCACCAAUUCUAAUUUAUAUCCCAACAUGGGCUACGCAAUCAGACACACCCGACUCUUCUAGUUCACUUCCGAUUAAUGCCCACAUUAUUUCUGCAUUGUUAGAGAACUCUCCAAUUGUCGCUAUCUGCAAAUCGUUUACUAAUAUAGAACAGUUUAACAUUCAAACCAAUUUCAAGAAAUCUGUUCCGCAGAUCUCUGAUACACCUGGAGCAAGGCCAGAUCCUGCCUCUGGAGAACAGAUCUAUAAGCUGAUGAAUUAUCAAUCACAUGUUGGAUACUUUGCUACAUGGAUAGUGGAGCGUUGCCCUGCAGUUAAAAAGCACCGCUUAACAGAAAAGGCGGCCGAGGUAAAAGAUCUUUUGAAUAAGAUAUAUAAGAAAUGGAACACAAAGCAGCUAGCCUUAAACACCAGAAAAUACGAUGACUACGUCUAUGAUGAACUUUACAAGCUCCUCUGGACAAGCAGGAAGCGCCCUCAACCUUUAAAGAUAGCUGCCCCUAACUUGGCACACCGUCAACUUCGGCGUGUAGUUGAGAUAGUAUCUGCGGUGGAGGAAGCCGCUGGAAGCACCAAUCUACGAGGCAUUACUGAAGCAAACUUACGAGACAAUCUUUAUCAGUUUUCCUUUAGGCCGUCGUCCAUACUAGAUAUUGGGUGUGCAGAUGGCUAUAUACUAGAGGCGUUGGGGAAGGCAUAUGGUUUGAAGAAAGAACAAAUUGUUGGGAUGGACAUAAGACCCCCGCAGUCACAGGAGAUUGUAUUUAAUGAGCGCAGUGCUUUGGACUCCUCUGCAUUUGAACCAGAGUCGUUUGAUCUUAUAACUAUAUCCAUGACGCUCCAUCAUAUAGCACGUUGGAAGACAGUCUUACGAAACGCUCGGUCUUGGAUUAAGCCCAAUGGCUACGUUUUUGUUCGUGAACAUGAUGCAACGUCAAACGCCGACAGGCUUCUGCUGGAUAUUCAUGACGGCGCCUUCAACGGCUCUAUUUGGGAAAACCCUGAGCAAACUUGGGAGAGCUUCGUAGCUUUUGCAAGGAGCUACUUCUUUGGGUAUGCGACCCUGUGCUUGAGCGCUGCGAUUGCUGGCCUCAAGCUAUCCUGUGCCCGAUGGGAUAUCGCAGAUAUGGUUAAUUGGAAAACACAUGGAAUGAUCUACACAGCUGUGUUUAUAACAACCAAUGAGCCAGUGAUCCCACCCGUCUCUGGCACACCCCAGGAAAUCGAGAAGCACGCAUUAGCAUGUAUUGAUAUCAUCUUCAAUGUGCUUGAUCCCAUUACACAUCCUGAUGCACUCAAGCCAGGGACAUUCACUGUAAUUGCAGAGGAGACAUCUUUUAUUGCACCUCAGCUGCCCCCACUGAUUACUACCAUAGCUCCUAAUUUAAUAUAUGUUCCCUUUGAACCUUCAUCAGCUUUGUCGGGACAACCCUUUAUUGUCAUUUUGGAGGCAUCCACAGCAAAGCACUAUGAGGAAGUCUUCCAAGGCGACACAGACAAACUACCAAAGUAUGUUGCCAUUUACAGGACCAGAGAGAAGAUGGACGCUCAUAAGGGCGCAUCGCUAGUAAUAGAAAAGGUAAUUGGAAGUGCUGGAUACAAAUUAGUUAGCAACGGACUCACGUGUCACCCAGACUUUGCUGUAGCAUGCUUUUCAAGGACCUCUGAAGCUGUAUCUGACAAGAUAAAGGUUCUAAAAUAUUAG